CCUUGACCUUCGGAGCGGCCCCAGCCGGUCCCCGGGGAGCGGGAAGCCCCGGGCCCGGCCUCUGCCGUCCAGCGGCGGGCGACCCCCCUCUCCCCGCCCCCGGGGGCCGGAGGAGGACGAUCGAGGGACGAGGCGGCCCCGGGCCGGUCGGACGACCCCCGGCUUCGCUCGACAGCUCCAGGAUGCGGGCUUGAUGGAGGCUGAGGAGGCCCAAGGCCACGAUCCGGUCCCCCCCACCACCCUGGGGGAGCUCCAUGUGCCCCCUACGGCCCCCGGCAGGAGCAGCCAAACCCCCGGGGCUCACACCCGCCCCCUCGGCCCAGGACCCGGGGCCGAAGCUGUGGAGAUGCAGGGCCCGGAGGGGAGCCUGGAGGAAGAGGACCGGCUCCCCGGGCCCCAGGACGGAGACGGUGGAGAACUGAGGGCCGGCACGGGCGGGGAGGAAGAGGAAGGACUCGACGCCCCAGCGGUUCCUGCCAUGGACGGUGCCCAGGAGACCACUGGGACCGGGAGGGGCGCGGACCAGACCCGCCUCGGGGCGACCUCUGAGGCCCGGGGGGAGGCCGGAGAGGGGAUCUCACCAGCAACAGAUGAAGAGGUCUCCCCGGCUCUCGCGACUAACGGGUUGGCCAGGGCAGAACUGGAUUCUGGACCGGUGAACUCUUCCGCUGAGAAGCCAGAGGGACAGGAAGCGGGCGGGCAGGACGAGAGAGAGGUCCCGGCUCUGGACUCCAACCCUACUCCGGCCUGGACCGGGACCCCUCCUCCCGCCCCCCACGAGGACGGCUCCUCGGAGAGGGUCCAGCUCGCGGGCCCGAAAGCCAGAGCCGAGGGGCGGGAGGGAGAGGACCAGAGGCAAGAAAAAGUGGGAAAUGGAGAGCCAGGAGUGGAGCAUCAGGACCAAGAGGAGGCAGUGGGGUGGGACCCACUCGAGAUUCAGGGGGAAGUGGGGAAAGAAGUUGAGGUUGAGCAGGGGGGUGGAGAACCAUGGUGGCCCCUGGCACUGGAGGGGCAGGAUCCCUGCCAGUGGGGACCGGGGGAGGGAGGAGAGCGAAAGGCCUCGGAAGAGAGUGGUCUAGACGGGGAGGGGGGGACGACGGGCCAGUUAGAACCGGGGAAGGCAGAGGGUCAGAGGGUGGCAGAGAAACAGGAGCCAGGACAGCUGGAUGAGGAGAGCCAGAGGCCGACGGAGCGGAGAGAGGUUGAAAGAGAGGAGCGGGGGGAGGCCGAGGAGCUGUGGGGUCAGGAGGAGCCGGGAGAGGGAGAUGAGCGGGGGAACUGGGAAACGGGGGGCCUCGGGGAACCGGCGGGGGCAAGAGAGAAGGGGACGGAAGGGGAAGCGAGCUGGAGCCUGGAGGAGAGGGACUGGGGGCAGGGGAGCGGGCUCCCAUCUCCCGACCUGGGGUGCCCCGGGGCCGGUUCUGACGGGGACCCUCCCUGGGAGACCCACCUGCCCCUGUCCCUGGCAGCUGGGGCAGCGAUAUUCUCGGACUGGGCCCCCGCCGUCGUGGAGAGUGAGGAACUGCCACCCGCAGCGCUGGGUCCCGGGCCUGAGCGAGCGCCAACCGGCGCACCCCAUCCCUCUGCUCGCCUUCCGGUGCCCGAGGCCCCGGCCUCCCCCAGUCCUCCGGAAUCCCCGGCCGGCGGGCCGCUCCCCACCCCGCCCUGGCCCCUGGACUCUCUGGAUGCUGCAGACGCCUCCGCCGCCAUCAGAACCGGGCAGAGCCCUGCAGCCUUGGGAGCCGGCACCACUGGAGGGGCCCUCUCGGACCAGGAUCCCGCCCUCUUGGUCUUUGGGACCAGCCCCGACCUGGGCUCCCCCUGGCCUCCCGGCCCCCUGGACGGCCCGGGCUCUCGCAGCGGAGCGGAGUUCAGCGGCUCCAGGAGGACAGUCUGUUCUGGCCCUGACUGGCCCGAGGCCCAAGAGCCGGGGCAUCGCGGGGCCCGGGCCGGGACUCCCGCGCUCCCGUCCCACACCGAGCCCCCCGGGGGCAUUCCACAGUCGUCCCCCCGCCGGCUCGGGUCCCUGAGGAGGGAGGGGAGGGGCCGUCCUGCCAGCCUUCCCACCUCCUCCCCUCCUCGUGGGGGCCCCUUCGACCAGCCCUCCUGCCCUGCGCCCCCUGGAGCCCCAGGGCGCCCCCUACCAGCCCCAGUGGUGCUGAGACACCACAAGCCCUUGCCCCCACUCCCCACGGUAGAGCGGCACAGCCUCCCCCCGACCACGGAGAGACUAGACUGUCUACCCGCCGCCUCGCCCACCUCUAAACGGCACAGCCUCCCCGGCAACUCGGCUCCAACCGGCUCUGCUGUGCCACGGCAGAACAGGCCGCUGCCCCCCACUCCACCUUCGGACCCCUACCGUGACACCCCCGCCGGGUACCCCGCCCCCUCGAGGCGCAACAAGCCGCUGCCCCCAACCCCAGCUGAGGAUCCGCCCCCGCCCGCCUCGGCCGGGCCGAGACACAACAAGCCGCUGCCGCCCGUCCCGGAUGCCGCGGAGCCACCCCCGUUGCCACCCAAGGCCUGGCGGAGGGACACCCGCGUUCAGGGGGAAUGCCCGGACGUGGAGGGGACCAGGGUGGGCACCCUCCGGGGCUCCUCGGGGGACUGGCCGGCUUCCUCCCCUCCCUCUCCAGGCCGCACCUCCUGGCCCCCGUCUGAGGGCUGCCGACGGGAGCUCCUGGGCGGUCGAGGCCGGAGACAGAGCCAGGAGUCCUCGGGUCUGGCCUUCAGCAACAUCACCAACUUCCUGAUGCUCGGCUCCACCUCGCCACCUCCACCUGGGGCCCCGCAGCCCUGGGGGCAGCCCUGGGGACCGGGCGGCACGGCGGGCCCGGGAGACGGCCCCCAGAGGUCAGAGGGGGCACCCGUCUGGCAGGCCAGAGGGUCCCGGCACCCUCCCCUGGAGAAGGCAUCAAGCUGGCCCCACAGGAAGGAUCACGGGAAGCCAGGUCUCGGGAAGCUGGAUCCCGGGAAGCCACCCACGAGCGGCAGGGACCACGUGGAGACCGACGUGGAUGGGAUGGGCAAGUCCAAGAACUGGAACCGGCAAGCCCUGCGUAGGCCAUCCCUCCUGCCCGGCCAGGGGGAAGGAACGUCCCCGGAGAAGCCCCCCUGCAACCCCAACGCUGUCACCCUGAGGGAGAAGAAGCCGAAGGAAAACAAGGCCUCCCGGCGCCAGUCCAAGUUAGUCUAUUCCUCCCGUCAGCUGUACCAAGACUACAGCGAUGACCUGCUCAACAAGGAGAUCCAGAGCCAGAAACGGCUGGACAGCCUGACGGAGGAGCCUGAGACGACCUCUCAGCGCCUGCUCAGAAGGGGGCUCACCUCGCCAGAGUCCUGCCUGCAGCGGCUCUCCAUCUCCACCAGCGACUCCCUCUGGCAAGACAUUCCAUGCGUGCGCGGCAGCAGGAUUCUGCUCUCCAUGACCCGUGAGGACCAGAAGCUGCAGGAGGCCAAGUUUGAGCUGAUCAUGUCAGAGGCCUCCUACCUGCGCAGCCUGCACGUGGCCGUGGACCAUUUCCAGCUGUCGACCCAGCUCCGCUCCUUGCUGUCCAACCAGGACCACCAAUGGCUCUUCUCCCGCCUGCAGGACGUGCGGGACGUCAGCACCACGUUCCUCACGGAACUGGAGGAGAAGCUUGAGAAAAACAUCUUCACCUUCGGCGUGUGCGACGUGGUCCUGAAGCACGCCCCCGAGUUCCGCCGGGUCUACCUGCCCUACGUCACCAACCAGUCGUACCAGGAGCGCACCUUCCAGUCCCUGCUGAACACCAACGGCGGUUUCCGCGAGGCCCUGGACAAGCUCGAGAGCGAUCCCAUCUGCCAGCGCCUCUCCCUCAAAUCCUUCCUGAUCCUGCCUUUCCAGCGCAUCACUCGUCUCAAACUUCUGCUCCAGAACAUCCUGAAGAGGACAAGCCCCGGCUCCCCGGAGGAGGAAGAGGCCACCGAGGCCCACCACGUCAUCGAGGAGCUGAUCCGCGACUGCAACAGCAACGUGCAGAGCAUGCGGCGGACGGAGGAGCUCAUCUACCUGAACCAGAAGAUCGAGUUCGAGUGCAAGAUAUUCCCACUGAUCUCCCAGUCCCGCUGGCUGGUGAAGAGCGGAGAGGUGACGGCUCUGGAGACCAACCUCUCGCCCGGAGUCCGCAAGAAGCUGACCACCCGCCCCAUCCACCUGCACCUCUUCAACGACUGCCUGCUGCUGUCCCGGCCCCGAGAGGGAAGCCGUUUCCUCGUGUUUGACCACGCUGCCUUCUCCGACGUGCGGGGCGAGAAGUGCGAGAUGAAGCUCCAUGGGACCCACAAGAACCUCUUCCGCCUCUUCUUGCGGCGCAGCAACCGUGGGGCCCGCACUGAGUUCCUCUUUGGCACCGAGACUCAGAGCGAGAAGCUGCGCUGGAUCUCGGCCCUGGCCCCACCCAAAGAAGAGCUGGACCUGCUGGAGUGUCACAAUUCCCAGCAAGUGCAGUGCCUCCGUGCGUACAAACCCCGGGAGAACGACGAGCUGGGGCUGGAGAAGGCAGAUGUGGUGAUGGUGAUGCAGCACAGCAGCGACGGCUGGUUGGAGGGCGUGCGCCUGUCCGACGGGGAGCGGGGCUGGUUUCCCGUCCUGCACGUGGAGAACAUCAACAACCCCGAGGCGCGGCAGCGGAACCUGCAGGAGGCUCAGCGGGUCAAGAUCGCCAAGCUGCAGCUCGUGGGCCGCCAGCGAUAGAGCCGGGGCCCGCGGGGCGGAGACUCCGCGCCCCUGCAGAAAGGGCCGCCCCCUCACACUGGAGCCCAGGCUUUGAGGGGCAGAGACCCCCUGCCCCCGCAGGAAAGACCGACCCCACUGAGCCCGGGCUUUGCGGGGCAGAUGCCCCCAAGAGGGGCCGCCCCCUCCCGCCGGAGCCCUGGUUUCGUGGGGCACAGACUCCUUGCCCCUGCAGGAAGGGCCGCUUCCCUCACACUGGAGAGCGAGCUUCGUGGGGCAGAGACUCCCUGCCCCUGCAGGAAGGUCCGCCCCCUCCCACCAGAGCCCAGGCUUUGUGGGCAGACUCCCCCCACCCCAACCCACCGGAGACCAAGGCCUCCAGGACAGAGAUCGGGUCCGACCUCACGCUGGGCAGGGUGUCGGGGGGACCCACCUGAGCGUAUCUGGGCAGGAUGUGGCCAGACUGGACAGCGGCCCCGGGCUUCCCAUCCCCUUGUUGUGGGGAGCCCCACCGGGGGCCUGGGCUGUACCACUCGGUGCCUCAAUUUCCCCAAAAGCCAUAGGGGAUGCCCUGCCUGACCUACCUCAGGGGGAAAUCGGGGAGGCCGUGCUCCUCCGCGCCAAAAAAAGCACUUAGGCCCCGAGGCCAAGACCUCCGGAGCCUCCUCAAGGGCUUCUGGGACUUUACACCCCUCCCUUUCCCUUCGGGGUAGGAGGUGAGGGUGUCGCACUCUUUCUCUAAUAAAUAAACACGACGUGCCUUCAA